GCCCCAGUGUUCAAGUCGCCGCUGCAGAAUAUCGGUGUGGCUGAAGGAGAAUUCUGCCGAUUCGAGACGCAACUUGCCCCGAUCAAUGACCCGUACAUGAAGAUCGAAUGGUUCAAGGACAAGAAACCUGUGCUGCUUGGACAUCGCUUCCGAUCAACGAUAGACUUCGGAUUUGUGUGCCUCGAUUUGCUCUAUGCGCUUCCUGACGACACUGGCGAGUACACCUGCGUGGCCACGAACAAAUACGGACAAGCUAUGCUGACCGCGAAACUGGCCUGCCAAGGCGGUUCACAUGUGAUCACCGAGAGCCAGAUGCCUCAAGGAAUGUUGGUACACAACGUGAAGAAGGACAACAAGAAGAUUCACUGGACCGAGCAAGGACAAACGCAAGUUCGAACGAAACAGGCGCCACAAUUCACUAUCAAGCCACGAAACACU